UCCAGUGAUAUGACAGGAUGGGGACUGGGAGGUAAGCAAGGGAAAGGGAGCUUACAAAAAUGUGAGGGAGCGUGGGACAAACACACUAAGACGUUUAAUAUGAGAAGAGAAGUCUUAGACAGUGGUCACUGAAACAGGUAUGGGGAUAGGACAGGUGAACCUUGAAUGGCCAACCUACAAAGAGAACUGGUGAGAUCUUCAUACCAAGAAACACCAUAAUUAUCUGUCAACAGACUGAACUCUACCCGUUCUGGAUUUAUACAUCGCACACAAUCUAUGGUUGAGUCGGCAGCACAUCAGAGUUACAGAGAACUAUUGUGAACUCCACUUAUGCUGCACUUUCCAUAUAAUGCCUGGUUUCCUCAAUGUAGAACCUAGAUCUGGAACGUUCCGUUCAUAAAUGGGAGAACAGUGUGCCCACGGAGACAUGGAUCUCACUUGGCAAGAGAUCUUCUCUAUCACCGAACUUCAGGGAUUGGAUUUACAACCAGAUUCCUCUUAUGAUGUUGAGAGUGGAUAUCAAACACCCAUACUGCCCACUCCAGGAUGCAGUUUCAAUAGUUUCUCAAGAGAUGGUAUUGUACCCACCGCAAACUGUAUGGCAAUCUCCAGUCGAUCUUACAUGGACUGUCAAGCCCAGAAUGCAGCAAUCCCUAUGACUUAUGGAUAUGGUCCAACGUCAUAUACAGGAAUGUUAAUCUCAUCAAGUAUGUCUCAGAUGGGGGCAAUAAAUCACUAUGCAUCAAAGCACAUACCACCUAGUGCAAUGAGUGCCCCAGGAAACCAGGUAAUUAUGCCUGAGCCUUACCUGAGCAGUGUAAAUUCUCUGCACCUUCCCUCCAAAAACCAUGAUGAUUUUGAAACUGAUUCGGGUUUGUCUCUGAAUUUUAGUGAUGGGGAAUCAAUAGAAAUAGAGAAUAUAGACAGCCACAGGCUUCACUCAGAAUUUAUGGAAAUAAUUCCACAACAUGCCUACCAAAACCAAUAUCCUUUGGCAACGAAUCUCACACAACCUGUCAUAGAAAACAUGUGUGAAGCCGAAACAUACUUUGCAUCACGGACUCAAGAACUUGUCUGCAGUAGGGAUCAGCGAAGGGCAGUCGCAAUGCAGAUCCCAUUCCCCGCAGACAGGAUAGUCAACCUUCCUGUGGAGGAGUUUAAUGAACUUCUGUCUCGCUACACAUUGACUGAAUCUCAGCUGGCUCUGGUCAGGGACAUCCGUAGACGUGGCAAGAACAAAGUAGCUGCUCAGAACUGUCGAAAACGCAAGAUGGAGAACAUUUCCAUCUUGGAAAAAGAAAUUGGGCAGCUCAGAUCAGAGCGAGAAGGAUUACGUAGGGAACGAGAGGAGGUGGAAAGUAUCAUUUCUGAACUGAAAAGCAACAUGAAGGGACUACAGAAAGAGGUUUAUAGUAUAUUAAAAAAUCAGGGCAACCAUCACUACCCAGAAGAUAUUUUGCUCCAUCAGACACCAAAUGAUAAUGUUUCUUUCUCGCUGCAGUAGAGUGGAUUGUCCAUUUUCAGACGAUAACACAUUUUUAUGAAAUGGAAGGAAGGGAUUCUGGAAACAUGCUUUGUAAUUGAGUCUUUGGUAAAUGUAUACAACUUUUAAAAUUACAAACAUCUGUCGCUGUUUUCGUCUUUGGUCCAUAGUGUUCAGUGGCCUUGAAAACUAUUGCAGUACAGACUUCAAUGAACAUCAUUAAAUGUUGAACUCACAUUAAUUAAAUAAUGGCCACCCUCAGCCUAAUCUGACACCAAAGAAAGCCAGGGGAGAUAAGGUAAUACCUGGAAAAUAUUCAUGAUCUCUUUCCUAAAUUCACACUUGCAUCAUACAGAACUACUGGUAUGCUGGAUCACCAACCUCUGUGUUUUAAAGACGAGACUGAUGAACAUAGAAAUGGAUGCCAAUAGAAGAACCAAAAUGUAAAUUGCAACUUGUUUUAUAUGGAA